UUAAUCAGCUGCUCCUUCCAUUUUAUUUCUUAGUGGGUUUAGCUUUAGCCGAGAAUCGCGAAUUCGAYUGAGCUCCGAGACACUGCAGGAAUUUUCGCCAUGGAUGUGAUCAAGACGCAGCAAAUAUCAUCGAGGCCAGUCGAGAAGGUCGUAGUCCACCCUCUGGUUUUGCUCAGCAUCGUCGAUAACUACAACCGAGUUGCUAAGGAAUCCCGCAAACGAGUCGUAGGAGUUCUACUUGGUAGCUCUUUCAAGGGCACCGUCGACGUCAGCAAUAGCUAUGCAGUGCCCUUUGAAGAAGACGAGAAAGAUCCAAGCAUAUGGUUUCUUGAUCACAACUACCAUGAGUCGAUGUUUUCAAUGUUUAAGAGGAUAAAUGCUAAGGAGCACAUCGUAGGUUGGUAUAGCACAGGCCCAAAGCUUCGGGAGAAUGAUCUAGAUAUUCACCAGUUGUUCCACAAUUAUGUCCCAAAUCCUGUGCUUGUGAUUAUCGAUGUACAACCAAAGGAGCUGGGAAUACCCACUAAAGCCUAYUAUGAUGUUGAAGAAGUUAAAGAGAAUGCUACACAAAAAAGUCAGAAGAUCUUUGUUCAUGUUCCUUCAGUUAUUGCUGCUCAUGAGGUUGAGGAAAUUGGUGUGGAACACUUACUAAGGGAUGUAAAGGAUACCACCAUUAGUACACUUGCCAAUGAGGUUACUGGAAAACUUACUGCUUUAAAAGGUUUGGAUGCACGACUACGAGAGAUUCGCGGUUACCUUGACCUUGUUAUUGAUGAGAAGCUUCCAUUAAAUCAUGAGAUUCUUUACCAUUUACAGGAUGUAUUCAACCUUCUUCCAAACCUAAAUGUGGCAGAGUUGAUUAAAUCAUUUGCAGUAAAAACCAAUGAUAUGAUGCUGGUUAUAUAUCUUUCCUCACUCAUCCGUAGUGUCAUUGCACUUCAUAAUUUGAUCAAUAACAAGAUGCUAAACAAAGAACACGAAAAGGCUGAGGAUGCAAAACCAGCCGCCAUCCCCACAGUGUCUGGAAACUGACGUGCAACUUCCAUCGGUCCAUGGAAACAUCUGUUGUUUUGGGAGUUGAAGGAACUAGUUAUCUGUUUGUCGGGUUCUUGAUAGAUGGAUAUUUUUGUUUUAUCCUAUUGGAAGAGAUAGCUAGUUUCUCAGAAUGUAUUUUCCUCAUCAUUUUUUCUUCAAUGUUAAUUGUACACCCUCACUUUAACCGCGAAAACGUUGACCACUCAUUUCUUUCUUUUCUCAUAGGGUUCCUAUGCCUUGUAGAAAAGAAAUUGAAGUCAGGUUGAAUGGAUGGAUGGAUAGAAUCCUUUUCUCCUGUUAUUGAUGGAAAAAAGUGGUGAAUUUAUAUUGUGGAAUGGUUAAUUUUUUCCCUUUCUUUUAA